AGUUCCCCGCUGGGCAUUUUGCGGAGUAGUUCCUUACGAGCCACACAUCCUUGCCUGCUCACCGGCAUAACAACUUCACUAUUUACGCGGCGUAAAUCGAGCCUUAACUCGUUUGUGUCGAAUCAACAAUGCGGUAUUUAGUAUUAUUCUUAUGUUUAAUACUCUUAAAUUGUUGGAAUGUGUCAAAAGGUGAUGGAGGAAUUUCAAGCGAUGGAGAAAAUUAUGGCCAAGACUCUGUUAUCAUUGAAGCUGCAGACGUGAGAAGAAAUAAACGACAAACAAAUAGCACCCGAAAUGAGAGGCAACUAUAUGUCUUACAGUCAAGACAGGCAAUCGAUGAAGCAUUUGGCUUGGACUGCGAGACAACUUUGGGGAAAAAGGGAACAUGUAAAACCUACCGAGACUGUUACCCUUUACUCAAAGUGGUAGAUUUACCCGGCUUAGAUGGCUGGGUUAUGGGCCAUUAUGACACGUGCAGCUUUAUAAAUGGUGAUAAUACGGAGGUUUAUGGAGUGUGUUGCACAGAGCCAGUAGCAACUCCACCGCAGCAGGAGCCGGACGUGCAGAGACUUGGCUUGUUCAGGCCUGCUGCACCUCUACAAAUGGCACCAAUACAGUACUCCACGUUUCCAAGUCGUCAGUCUGGGAUAUACUCCCAGUGGCCAUUCAACCAGCCUAACAUCCCAGCCAACUGGCCACCAGCUCAGCCUCCUCUUCCGACGCACCCACCAGACCAUUCAGCUGCAACACACCCCCCAUCACUAGUUGCCGGUCAAGUAACGACACCAAAUCCGGCCAGUACAGCACCAUCAACCACGUGGGGUACGAGACCACCAAGUACUACGAAACAGACAUGGGCCCCAGCUUAUCCAACACAGCCGAGCAGACCUCCAGCGGUUGGAGCGGAAACAUCUUGUGGAAUUAAAAAUGGACCCCAGACCUAUGAGAGCAUACAAGACGAGGAACGUAUUGUGGGAGGUCAUAACGCUGACUUGAACGAAUGGCCCUGGAUAGUUGCUCUGUUCAACGCAGGUCGACAGUUCUGUGGCGGCUCUCUCAUAGAUGACAAACACGUCCUCUCGGCAGCUCAUUGUGUAGCACACAUGACAUCAUGGGACGUUGCACGGCUUACUGCGAAACUCGGAGACCACAACAUUCGCACCAACACGGAGACACAGCACGUGGAACGGAAGAUCAAGAGAGUCGUGCGUCAUCGCGGCUUCGAUAUGAGCACCUUGUAUAACGACGUCAGCAUUUUAACAUUGGAUCAACCGGUGUCGUUCACGAAAAAUAUUCGACCCAUUUGUCUACCUUCAGGUGGGCGUGCUUACGCCGGAACUGUCGCUACUGUUAUUGGCUGGGGAAGCUUGAGGGAAAGUGGUCCCCAGCCGUCAGUUCUUCAAGAAGUUUCGAUUCCAAUCUGGACCAACUCCGAAUGCCGACUAAAAUACGGCUCGGCGGCUCCCGGUGGAAUAGUUGACCACAUGCUAUGCGCAGGAAAAGCCAGCAUGGACUCUUGCAGUGGUGACAGCGGUGGUCCCCUGAUGGUGAAUGAAGGCGGUCGGUGGACCCAAGUGGGCGUGGUCUCCUGGGGUAUAGGGUGUGGUAAGGGGCAGUACCCAGGUGUAUACACCCGCGUUACAGCAUUUCUGCCUUGGAUACAGAAAAAUUCCAUGUAAUCUAAAAACCGAAAUUCCCUAGCACAACCAACCCCCGUACAAAUAUUUCAAAAUACCCACAAUUUCCUUUUUUGUUGUGGUACCAGAUUUGUGCAGUUCAAAAGUCAUACCACCAUCUUUGACUCUUUGGCGUUGGUUUUAACUAGUAUAAAAUUAUCAUUCAAUUAUUUUAAGAAAGGUGACCCCAUAUUGCCUUUCUUAAAAAAUUGAUACACUAUAUCAAUGUGCCAAUUAUAAGGAAUAAAUAAAUCGUUUAGCAUGAAA